AUGGACUGCCUCCACAUCUUCAAGGACAAGACAUCCAAAAGUUUCUUUAAUGAUGUGGGAGGAACAUGUGGGAUGAGAUGGCAGCUGCUGAUCUGGGACUUGACUCAUUUGGACCUUUCUUUGAUAGGGUUAUAUCUGAGCCACAGGAUCCAAGCCCAGGAGGGUUCUCUCCCCAAGGCCACUCUCUCAGCUGACAGAGACCUUAUCAUGGCUCCAGGGAGCAAUCUGACUCUCAAGUGCAAGAAGCCAGACAGCGAAGAUUUAGUUCCACAGCAAUGGACAUACCUUCUGCUCAAGGAGGGGAAUUCACAGCCUUUGAAGAGCCACACUUCAGUUGGGUCCUGGGCCAAAUUCAGCCUACCGUGGGUGACAGCUCAGGAUUCUGGGAACUAUAGUUGCAAGUACUUUGGAUCCCAGGACCCACAAAGAGAGUCAGAGGCCAGCAGUGCCCUGGAGAUCUGGGUGAAAGCUUCAGGAUCUACAACUCUUCUCAUGAUCUUCAGCUGUGCCAUCAUGCUCUUCUUCCUCUUUCUAUUGGCCUUUUUGUGUCAUCAUCGCUACUGUUUUGGUGAGUUCAGAAGGAGGAUGUACAGCACCCAGUGGACAUCAGGGGCUGAUGACUACAGAGGAGUGACAUACAGCCAGUUGAACAUUAAGACCUUGAGCAAGGGGAGGCAGGUCCUCAAAGAGAAUGAAAUCUACAGUACUGUAGCCCAGCACUAA